AUGAGCCAGAAACACAAUGCAGCUUUGGCCGGGCUCGCUGUUUCCCCCUCUGGCGCCCUGUUACCUGACCCAGCUUGUUGGGCGGGCUUUCGCUAUGACCAGUGCUGCGGAAAAGCAUUCGGGCCAGCUGGGAACUUAGAGUGCUGGAAUGCCACCUUCACUCCAGAGAGGUGUUGCGUGAAAGAGCGGCUGCUGCAGGCCAGCAAAACACCAUGCCAGUGCUGCAACCGGAGCCAUCUGAACCCCGUCGGCUCCAUCAGCGAGGUGGUCGAGAAGCUUGGUGUUUUGGUGUUCUUCGAUGCGCUGACGCUCAGCGCAGGCUGGCUUCGCAAGGCCUACCCGCGUUGGGAGCCACGCACCUUCAGCGUCUUCCAGCGCUUCGCAAGAGGAACUGUAUUGGAUGUAGGUGCCUGGAUCGGUGUCACGGCGAUUUGGGAGGCAAACAUUGCAGAGCACGUCUUUGCCGUGGAGCCGACGCCGACUUCUGUUUGCGAGCUAAGGGCCAACCUGAAUGUCAAUCCAGCUCGCGUGUCUCGCCGUGUCACCAUCAUCCACGGCGCACUUCACAACGAGAGUGGGAGCAUCAUGAUACUGAAUCGGGGGCCUCAUGCAGAUAACCGGCCGUACUAUGGCCCAUCGCGCCCACUACUCGCCCGCGUUCCGGCCUUCACGAUUGAGACCUUGCUCCUUCAGUACCCGAGACUUCGCGAGGUCUCCUUUGUGAAGAUUGACGUUGAAGGGCAUGAGCUCGCACUCGUACCGGCGAUGCGGUUCUUCUUCAAAGAGUACAAGCCCGUGGUCUUUUUGUCUUUGCAUCCAAAGUUUAUCGGGGAUCGGCUUGUUCGCAGAGUUGCCACGGCUAUGAGGGGAAUUUUCCCAUACCUUUACGAGGCAGAUAUGAAGACGCCCUUCAACACUCGACGCUUCACUUUCUUCGGCAGUGUCGAAGAUCACUUCGGCACAGACUUGUUGGCCACGUGGCACCCCUUGUGA